CAUUUUGUUCGCGGCGGGCUGCCGGGCCGUGCGGAAGUGGCGGCCGGCAAGGUGGGCAGGGAAGGAAGGGCUGGGCUGGGGAGCGCAGGGCUCCUCCCCCGCUGGGGCGGAGUGCAGGGGCCUGAGUGCGGCCGAGCGGAGGCCCGUGAUGUCGGCCUUCUCGGAGACGGCGCUGGAGCGGAAGCUGUCGGAGCUCAGCAACUCGCAGCAGAGCGUGCAGACGCUGAGUCUCUGGCUCAUCCACCACCGCAAGCACUCGGCGCUCAUCGUCAGCGUGUGGGAGCGGGAGCUGCGCAAAGCAAAACCAAAUAGGAAGCUGACGUUCCUGUACUUGGCCAAUGAUGUUAUACAGAACAGCAAAAGAAAAGGACCAGAAUUUACAAAAGAUUUUGCUCCAGUAAUAGUGGAGGCUUUUAAACAUGUUUCAAGUGAGUCUGAUGAGAGUUGUAAAAAACACCUUGGCAGAGUACUCUCUAUCUGGGAAGAAAGGUCUGUUUAUGAAAAUGAUGUAUUAGAACAACUUAGGCAAGCUUUAUAUGGAGACAGAAAGGUCCGGAAGCGUACUUACGAACAGAUCAAAGUUGAUGAAAAUAACUGUUCACCUCGAGGUUCUCCCACUGAUCCUCCACAGACAACAGAUCUUAUUAGAGCAUUACAAGAACUAGAAAAUGCUGCCUCUGGGGAUGCAGCAGUUCAUCAGAGGAUAGCUUCUUUGCCUGUAGAGGUCCAGGAUGUUUCACUGUUAGACAGAAUAACAGAUAAGGAAUCUGGGGAACAACUUUCCAAAAUGGUAGAUGAUGCAUGUAUGUUGCUGGCGGAUUACAAUGGCAGGUUGGCAGCUGAAAUAGAUGAUAGAAAACAGCUAACUCGAAUGUUAUCAGACUUUCUACGAUGUCAAAAAGAAUUCCUUGCAGAGAAAGAACAAAAGCUGGAAGAAUACAAGCGCAAGCUAGCCAGAGUGUCCCAAGUCCGGAAAGAGCUCAGGUCACGCAUCCAGAACCUGCCUGAUCUCUCACGACUCCCCAAUGUCACGGGCAGCCACGUACACCUACCUUUUGCAGGAGACCUCUACAGUGAUGACUGAUUCUAAGAACAUCCUUCCAUAGCUUCAACUUUUCUGUGAAAUGAGGGGUAGGUUAGACUGAUUCAUACUCUUGUAGUAUUUUGUAUAUUGUUGGAGAGUGUCCGUAAAAAUACUCUGAAUAAUUUAUUUAAAAAAUGGUU